AUGACAUCCACUACGAGUUCGCAGGCCCAGGCAGGCCAAGCAAAGCGCACUUCUUUCGGUGGCUUUCCAGGGGGUGGCGCGUCAAUCUUCCUCGAUAGGUCCAAAGCUGGUUUCCGUGGCUCUACACCCGACUCCGAGGCACUCGCAUCUUCUGAUGACGAACAAGAUCAUCAUCUGCGCUUGCAUCCCGUGACCAGCAAUCCUGGACCAAAACCAGUCCGCCGACUAUCGUGGCUCACAGACAUGCAACAAGUGCCAAAUCGUAAGGGGUCUUUGGGCGGCAACGGACCGUUUGCACCAGCUAGCCCCAACACGACCGCAUCUCCUAAUGAUCAGACACCAUGGGGAGGAAAUGUUGCAUCAAGUACUGGGUCAACGAUAGGCCGCGGCCAUGCCACCAGCACUUCGUUUCCAUGGGGAAACACUAUCUGGAACAAUGACCCGCAAAAGGGCCCGCCUCAACGUUUGACCGAAGUAUUACCGUCACCCACCAGCAUGGUAUCUCCUGGAUCUACGAGCCUUUACACCGAGGAGCCUUUGCACAGUCCUCCGCUAAGUCAAGAAAACAUGGCAGAUUCUGCGAUCCCUUUUGCAAUCCCGCUUCAACCGACGCUCAAGACAUAUCGGUCCCAAUCGUAUUCGGUUGGUCAACUGGAUCCAGAAUCUUCGAACUUGCCUUCCAACAAUUAUGGUGGCUACAAUGCUUACGGCCGCUCGAGGAACGGAGCACCGUAUGCAGGGCUUCAGCACAGACCCUCGCGUCCAAGCAUGUUAGGAGAUCUGUCACACGAUCCACCUCUCUUGGAACAGCUUCGGGAGGUCGAGGACGACGAGGAAAGCUCUAACGGCUCGGAAACGGACGUUCAGCUUUCAGCACAGGAAACCAAGAUUCAGCAGCUUGCUACGGAGAACGCCAUGCUCCGGCAGGCAGCCGCCGAACGAUCAGAAAGCGCAAAAUUACGCAAUCGAGCAGCCACUAGUAUCACAAGCAAAGCACUGCGUAGUUCUGCUCAAGUGUACAGUCAACACUCACGUGACCCACUGGCCGAAGAGACAGAGUAUGCUUUGUACGAUUUUGAGGACUCUGAAACUCCCAAGCUGUACAAAUACGAAAGUGUGAACGGGAGGAGAUCUAGUGAGUACGCUACUAAAUCGAGUCCGCAUUAUACAGUGGCAGGCAUUCCUGAGAACAGGACACUGGAGAGUGUCAAGAAAGGACACUGGCAAAGCUCACUAGGCUUUGGUGGAAUGGGAGAGCCACCUCAGAGCCGUCGUCAUUCCUUCGCCGACGUACCGACCCGACAGAACUCGAUCGGUUCAGCAGGUGACUCGCAGAACGGGCAUAGCGCAGGUGACAUCGGUCUCCGAUCUAAUGGUAGACAUGGGAGUCCCGGAGGGUAUAGUGAUGCAUUGGCUCGCCCGUCCCAAGGCGAUGGUAGACUGGAACAUUUACGCGACCGUAACUUCGCAGUUGCCUACUUUUCCCGAAGGGACCCCUCGGUGCGGAGCGGAGAGGGCCACGGCUCUGCGGUAAAUCACCACCAGGAGUACAUGCAGAGCCAGUACGGACGCUCGCAGCACCUCGGUCAUCUACAAGCGCGCCCCAGUCAACUCCUCUACAUUGUAACGUUCAAGGCCCAACGAGCUGACGUGUUUUACGUGCAAGAAGGCACCGGUCUUCAGGUAAAGAAAGGUGAUUUGGUGAUCGUGGAGGCGGACAGAGGUGCAGACCUUGGGACUGUAGCCAGUAACAAUGUGCCGUUCGCCGAGGCGAAAGAAUUGAAGGACCGAUACAUGCAAGAACACUACAAUUGGCUCAUGGUAUUUUCUCGUCAUGGUCAAGACGGGACAGUGGCAGGGCCCAACCCAAACGGUCAACCAAACACGUCAAAUAGUGCGAUCGAAGGGAUGAGCGGAUCGCCGGGGCAAGUGGGCCCACAGGACCUUCCAAACAGCGAAUUGAAGCCGAAGAUGAUCAAACGACUGGCACAACCUCACGAGAUCCAGACUCUGAGAGACAAAGAAGGCAACGAGGCCAAAGCAAAACGCGUUUGCCAGCAGAAAGUGGUCGAACACCGUCUCAAUAUGGAGAUCUUAGAAGCCGAAUUCCAAAUGUGGGUAGUGAGCGAGAUAUGCCAUGGGCUGGGGCUAAUGCCUUUUAGGGACUGGAAGAAACUUACCUUUUACUACUUCGCCGAUGAGUACAUCAAUUUCAAUUCCUUGGUCACAGAUUUAUUCAAGAUUUACAAAACCCGUAUUUGGAUGUCUGCAAUCAAUCCCGCGUCAUUCCAGACACCAGCAGGAGGACUGCAAUUGCCUGGAGGCAUUGGGUCCAGCGUUUUCAGCGCUGAUACAGACCAGUAUUCCAACCGCCAUCCACAGAGACAAUAUCCAAUGUCUACAUCAAGUGGUCCAAACCAAGCACCACUGGGCGCCUUCGACCACGCUUGGAGCGCCAGUCGCGAUAAUGCUACCGUUGGCCCCAUAGCCUUUCCUCAGCUCUACGCACAACCGUUUCCCUCUCAUGACCUUGAUGUUCGCUCGCUAGACCAGUAUCCGAUAGAAUACCGUCAGGGUCUCCAUCAGGUACUUAACAUACACUCGCCUUUCAAUUCUCCCGGUUAUAACGCACCAAAUCCUCACCACUCUUCCUCUUUUACCGCCAGACCGCAGAGUGGCAACGGCGGGAUACAAGCGUCACAUGUUUUCGGCAGGGAUUGGAAUCAAUCGUUUCAAGGACUAUCAUUGAAUCCUUGA